AUGGCAAACACGCAAUCCAAAAUUGAUUUACUUGAAGAACAGAUUUGCAAGCUUGUAGAUGAUAAUGAUACACUUAGGCGAGAAAACGCCGAGAUCAAGUCUGAGAACAUCGAACUUAAAGCUGAGAACGUAAAAUUAAAACAAGCUUUAGAAGAGCAUGAAUCCAGAUUUAUAAAACUGGAGCAAAACGAUAAAGAUACUGCUACUGAAAACGCUGAACUUAAAGCUAGGGUUGCGAAAUUGGAACAGAAGCAAUCGCAAUCUGACAACUCUAUCGCUAAAUCGGGUGAUAGUACCAAGGUAAAUGAUCAAUAUUCAGUUAAUAGCACCUCCAACAUAAUGGAAAAUUCUAACAGUACCGAACAGAUAGUGCCACAAUAUGAUGAUACUCCUAAAACUAAUAUUUCUGAUAUCACUUCAAAUUCCGAUAUAUACCAGGAUUCGGAAAUCGCCAUAUAUUCCGCAGAGACCAAAUCAUUGGGAGAUAAGAUGAUCGAUGAAACCCUGAAUGAGGCACACAAGAAAAGAGAUGUCUCUUCUGACUUAUCAUAUAACAAAGAAAUCGUUAACAUUGUUAACGAUCAAGAUCCGAAAUUAUCACAUGAUACAGAAACCGUUAACGAUCAAGACCUGAGAUUACCACGUGGGGAAAAAGCCAUUGCGAAUAUUAUAGAUGAGCAAGUCCAGAAAGGUAUCACAGAUUCUACCGAAGAUUUAACUUUAGUGAAUGAAUUCGUACAAGUGUUUAACGAUAAAAAUCGUGGGACUGAAGUUUCUGAACAUAGCUCGGGAAGCAAUAAAGAAAAAACAGGCAAAAAAGAAAAUAAGAUAAAUGAGGAUUUCUCACGCAGUGAGGAUGCUAUUGCAUCUAACCACGAAUUGACUGCCUCCGGUAUUCAGAAACGAUUCCAGAAGAGGCAGAGUCGCGAGUUUCCAACUCAUCAACCGAGAUGCAUGCAAAAACUUCGCGGAUUUCUCACCGAGGUUGCUACAGGGAGUUCAAAAUAUAGGGAAAAAGCGAAUGAUAUUUUACAAAAUCUCCAUCUUACAAUAAAAUCACGUUCCGUUGAAGAAUACUGGGAGAGAAUUAAAAUGUUGAAAUUGAAACAACAACUGAAUCGCACCAAAAAGUUAAAGGCAGAAUAUUUCGAUUCAGAACUUAAUCAUCUAGGAGAGAGUUCUAAGAAACGAGAGCAGUUAGACAAUCAAAGGGUAGAAGUCGAAAAUUUCCCAGAAGGUGAUGAUUAUUUGACAGAUCCUGAAGAAAUUUCUCAAAAAAAGGAUGAGAUAGACACUUUCUUCCAAAGUCCUCCUGAUAUUGCUAAAGAUGUGAGAGCGAAAUCCGGAAAGCGUAGGUCAAUGAAAGAUACCGAAAGCAAGAGCGCUAAACCUCCUAAACGAAAUAAAUCAAGUAAGAAAAUUGUUGUUGACGCUGGCCAAUCAACCAGUGUUUCCUCUAUGGAUGUACAACAAACGCCCAGCGGAACAGAAGAUUCGAUCGUCGAUACCACCUGCGAUGAAUCCGAAUCACCCGUCGAAAAAAAUACUAGAGAAAAAGCGGAAAAGUCAAGGACGAUACUUUCGUGGGGACACGUUGAUAAGAUAAAAAUUUCUAAUAAUUCAGAUCACGAUUGGUUGGUAAACGGAUAUAAUAUUUCCAGAGAUUUUCGAGAAUUUCAAACGGAAACGGUUGAUCGAAUAAAGAAUGAUCCUACACUUUCAUACGCGACUGACCUUGAUGAAAUCAUGGCAAAUGGAGAGUCUAGUACCUCAAAAGAACGACGUAAAUCUGAUGACAACAAGCAUGGACGAAAACCGGAUUUUAGAGUGCUCUUUGGAGAAGAAAAUGAAUUUAUCUUCGGAGAGAUAAAACCGCCUCGUGCACCAAAUAAUGCAAUAAACCACGCUUUGGUUAAACUUGGAGUAUUUAUGAAAGGUUCUCUGGAUUCUCUACACAAGCAGUUUGGGUAUUCUCCGUGUUUAGAGACAUUUGGAUGCAUAAUUAAAGGGUAUCAAAUCGAAUUGUUUAGCAUGGAUCUUCCAUUCGACGGAUUAUAUCGUUUCAAACAGAUAGGAAGGAUGUUAUUACCUACCGAAAACGCAAACUUUUUAAAUCUAGCUUCUGCCAUUUCAUACUUUUAUAGUUUGUUGGAAAGAGUUGAUCGUUCUAUUGAGGAAUUGAAUAAACCAUCUACACCUACUGGCUUGUCGUACCAUAAAGAAUCGCAUUCAUCACCUCACAAAACUCAUAUACCAAUCUUAAAUAUUCCGCCUCCUUCGAUUGAUUGA